AUGACUAUUUAUGUUUCACGAUAUCAAAAACAGAUCAUCAUGAGAGGAUUGAUACUCAUCGGAUUUGUCUUUGUUGUUUAUAUUGCUUCAACAGCCUUUGGUGCUGAUGAUAAGCUUUAUGUAACGAAAAAAGUCUACUUCGAUAUUGAAAUCGGUGGUAAAAAGGAAGGUCGAAUUGUUAUUGGUUUAUUCGGUGAUGUUGUACCGAAAACAGUUGAAAAUUUUGCUCAAUUGGCUACUGGCGCCAAAGGUUUCGGCUACAAAGGUUCCAAAUUCCAUCGUGUUAUCAAGAGCUUCAUGAUUCAAGGUGGUGAUUUCGAUCGCGGAGAUGGUACUGGUGGUAAAAGCAUUUACGGUGCUAAAUUCGCCGAUGAAAACUUCAAAUUGAAACACUAUGGUGCUGGAUGGCUUUCGAUGGCUAAUGCCGGUAAAGAUACAAACGGUAGUCAAUUUUUUAUCACUACAGUCAAAACUGAAUGGCUCGAUGGUCGACACGUUGUUUUCGGAAAAAUUCUCGAAGGUAUGUCAGUCGUCCACAAGAUUGAAAAUACCAAAACCGGUCCAAAUGAUCGUCCAGCAUCUGAUGUUGUCAUCGCUGAUAGUGGUGUUCUCGAUGUUCCAAGCAAAAUCGCUAUCGAACGCAAACCUGUCGAUGCCAGUGUUUAA